AUGGCUAAAGAGAAACACUUUUUGUUGUUAACUAAAAAUCAAAUAGAUCUUAAAUUAGUUAAAGUGAAAGGACACAGUGAUAUAGAAUUAAAUGAGCAAGUUGAUAAAUUAGCUAAAGAGACGGGCAAUAUAGAUAGUUGUUUUAGUAAUAGAUUUAAUUAUAGUCAUGAUCCUAAUAUUCGGUUUUUUUCUCAUUUUUAUAGCAUCCUAUUGAGCAAAAUUUUAGUAAGAUUGUUAGACUAUUUUUCAUAUAUACAACGCUGCGGAGACUCACUUAAGAAUAAUGAUGGUUCAACGGAAUCAACGUGUGGUAUUAUUGAAUGGGACAUAACCUGUCGGUUUUUAGGCAGCUUAAGUGCUUUAGAUGGCUGUGACUCAAUAGCGAAACAGAUUACUUCCGCUUCUCAUCGUUCAUCGAAGUUCAUUGCGGAUAAUAUGGCAAUUUGA